AUGACCUCCUGGAAGCUUGGUGCCGUCAUGAAAUCCGCAAGGGCAGGUGUUGCUGCGGACACCUCACCCUACUCCUCAAUAAUGGGAUCCCCUGCUGGAUCUGUUGGUGGUGCAACUGGGGCAGCUCUACGAUGCCCUCGCCCACUACCUCAAGCCGGGACAGACCAAUCAGAAAUGCACCAGCUGAAAACUUUCCUACAUAAUAAGUUCAAGAUCAAGGAUCUGGGAAAGUUACACUAUUUCUUAGGCUUGGAGGUUUUGUACAUGGCAGAUGGUGUUAUUAUCUCACAAAUGAAGUUUGUUCUUGAAUUACUAAAGGAGUAUGACUGCCUGGAGUACAGUACUCUCACUUCACCCCUUGAUCCCAAUGUGAAACUAAGAGCAAAAAGAGAUGUGCCUUUAACAUACCCUACUUACUAUAGAAAGCUAGUUGGAAAGCUGAACUUCCUCACAAACACAAGGUUGGACAUUGCUUUUAGUGUGCAACACCUCAGCCAAUUUAUGCAGGACCCUAGGGAACCCCAUUUGAAGGCUGCUUUCCAUAUGUUGAGAUACCUCAAAACUGAUCCUACUCUGGGUGUGUUUCUUCCUAGUGAUACAGACUGGUCCAUCAAAGCUUAUUGUGAUUCUGACUAG